AUUUAUUUAUUUUAGAGAGGAGAUCUUGCUUUGUUGCUCAGGUUGGUCUCAAACUCCUGGUCUCAAGUGAUCUUCCCACCUCAGCCUCCCAAAAUUCUGGGAUUACAGGUGUGAGCCACCAUGCUUGGCUGAGAAGGACUUUUAAAGAUACAAUUUGGGAUAAUUCUAAAGAGGGACCAGGGAAGUGGGUGGUCACUUGUGGAUUGAUUAUCACAGUGAUCUUUGUUCAGAAGUUGGGAAGAACAAAACUGGGCUGGGAAAGUCACUGGUAAGAAAGGAGCAUUAAAAAAUAAAAUUAGGGCUGGGAGCAGUGACUGAUGCCUGUAAUCCCAGAACUUUGGGAGGCUGAGAUGGGUGGAUUGCUUGAGCUCAGGAGUUCGAGACAGCCAGAGCGACAUGGUAAACCCUCACCUCUACAAAAAAUACAAAAAUUAGCCCAGUGUGGUAGUCUGUGCCUAUAGUCUCAGCUACUUGGGAGGCUGAGGUGGGAGGAUCACUUGAGCCCAGGAGAUGGAGGUUGCAGUGAGCUGUGAUCAUGCCACUGAACUCCAGCCUGGGUGACAGAGUGAGACCCUGUCUCAAAAAUAAAAUAAAAUAUAAAAAUUAAAAUUAAAAUUAAAAACCGUGUAAAUAUUCACAAUACCCACAGGGUGGAAGCAACAAGAGUGUCUAUUAAUGGAUUAAUGGAUACAAAAUGUGAUACAUAACAUACAAUGAAAUAUUAUUCAGCUUGAAAAAGGAAGAACAUUCUGACACAUGCUACAACAUGGAUGAACUUUGAGAUGACAGUAAGUGAAAUAAGCCAGAUAUGAAAAGACAAAUACUGCAUAAGCCUACUUGUAAGAGGUACAUAGAGUAGUCAAAUUCUUAGAGACAAAAAGUAGAAUGGUGGUUGCCAGGGGCUGGGAGUAGUGGUUGGGUGGAGAUGGGGAGUUAAUGUUUAAUGGGAUGGAGUUUCAGUUGGGAAGAUGAAAAAGUUCUGGAGAUAAAUGGUGGUGAUGGUUGCACAACAAUGUGAAUGUACUUAAUGCCGCCAUGCUUUAUACCAGUGGUCCCCAGCCUUUUUGGCACCAGGGACCGGUUUAAUGAAAGAUAAUUAUUCCAUGGAUGGGGGUGGGGGAGUAAUGGUUUCAGGAUGAAACUGUUCCACCUUAGAUUAUCAAGCAUUAGUAAGAUUCUCAUAAGGAGCACACAACCUAGAUGCCUCGCAUGCACAGUUCACAACACAGGGUUUGUGCUCCUAUGAGAAUUGAAUGCCACUGCUGAUCUGACUGGGGGCGGGGCUCAGGUGGUAAUUCUUGCUCCCCCCGCCCCUCACCUCUGGCAGAGCAGCCCCGUUCUUAACAUGACACAGACUGGUACCAGUCUGCACCGAUCUGCAGCCCAGGGGUUGGGGACCCCUACUUUAUAUGGAAAAUGGCUAAAAUUGUAAAUUUUUAUAUUAUCUAUAUUUUAUCACAAUUUAAAAAAUAAAAAUUAAAAAAUAUGUAAAAAAGUAGUUAUCUCUCAAAAGAGGGAAGGGUUUGUGUCCUUAGCCAUGUCAUGUUAGAAACAUUAUCCCAGUAGUAAAACUGAAAAAAAUGGUAUUCUUUAAAAUCUUAAAUAUAUAAUACUUUAAGAAGAUAAUAAAAAGCCCAAUUGAUAAAGUUUUCUGUACUUCAACUGACUCUACCUUUUUUUUUUUUUUUUUUUUGAGACAGGGUCUUGCUCUGUUGCCCAGGCUGGAGUGCAGUGGCACGAUCUCAGCUCACUGUAACCUCCGCCUCCUGGGUUCAAGCAAUUCUCCUGCCUCGGCCUCCCGAGUAGCUGGGACUACAGGCGUGCGCCACCAUGCCCAGCUAAUUUUUGUAUUUUUAGUAGAGACAGGGUUUCAGUAUGUUGGCCAGGCUGAUCUUGAACUCCUGGCCUCAGCCUCCCAAAGUUCUGGGAUUAUGGGUGUGAGUCACCGUACCCGGCCUCAACUGACUCUACUUUCUAUGAAUCAAGUUAAAGCUAAGAAAAAACUAAAGAAGAAAUGCAGACCAUUUUUUAUAAAGUAGGCUACAAAUGAGUAAAAAGGUAUAGCAAAACAAUGUGACAUCAGGCAACGCAGGUAAAAUAUAUACGCAUUGUGCACAGUAAGUCUUUAUGUGUAUAAUCUGUGUAUACCUUUUGAGGACCAUUCAAAGAGUUUCUCUAGGCCCUUGCAGGUGGUGGGCUGGGUACACAAAAUCAGUAGAAGGUGAAAUCCAGUACCCUACAGUUUCCUUAAAGCUCCAAUUAGGCAACAAAGUUUCUCUCUUAUACAACCAGCUCACCAGGUAGGAUGGACCACAAGCUCUGUAAUGAGUAGCAAUAUGGCUUUCAGAAAAAUACAUAAAGGUUAUAAUUCAAAGCUGAGAUUGACAUUUGUGACAAAGUGGCACUCUGCCACAAAUUUGUUACUGAAUAGCCAAGAUUUAAGAGACUCACAAAAUUUGACACACCAGGGCCUAAAGGUCCUGAUGCUGGCCACCUGGACUCCUAGAAAUGCUAGACAUUAUAGCUGUCAUUGCAGGAGAUUAAAGACACCUGGAUCAAAGCCAAAGAAGAUGGCAGAGCAGGCAGAACUGUUUUAGUUCAUUUUAAGUUAGUUUGCUGCAUAGAUUUGUUAUAGGAGGACGAAAUUUAACUUUGAGAACUUUUAAGAACAGAGUAGCAAGUUAUCAUCAUGCAGACACCUAACAGCUGAACUGAAAUGCAGGCCGCGUUUCAUAAGGAAUAAGGGAUAAUCCUUGGCCAAAUUGUCAGAGGCAUUUGAAGAGUAACCCUAUCUUGAAUAGGGGCUGGGUAAAAUAACACUGAGACCUACUGAGCUGCAUUCCUAGGAGGUUAGGCAUUCUAAGUGUCAGGAAGAGAUAGGAGGUCAGCAUAAGAUACAGGUCACAAAGACCUUGCUGACAAAACAGGGUGCUGUAAAGAAGCUGGCCAAAUCCCACUAAAACCAAGAUGACAAAGUGAUCUCUAGUCAUCCUCACUACUCAUUAUACACUAAUUAUAAUACAUUAGCAUGCUAAACGACACUCCCACCAGCGCCAUGACAGUUCACGGAUGCCAUGGUAACCUUAGGAAGUUACCCUACAAGAUCUAAAAGCGGAGGAACCCUCAGUUCCGGGAAUUGCCCACCCCUUUCCCGGAGAACUUAGGAAUAAUCCACCCCUUGUUUAGCAUAUAAUCAAGAAAUAAGUGUAAAUAUACUCAGUCACCCAUGCCCCUGCUUUGCCUAUGGAGUAGGCAUUCUUUUAUUUCUUUACUUUUAAUAAACUUGCUUUCACUUUAUGGACUUGCCCUGAAUUCUUUCUUGCAGGAGGUCCAAGAACCCACUCUUUGGGUCUGGAUCUGGACCCCUUUCCCAUAAGAAAAUGAAGGAAGGUAACUAACUUUGACUGAACACCUAAUACGUGCUAAAUGGUUUCUCAGACAAGAUCUUAUUUAAAUAUUUCUAAACGAUUUGAUGAUAAUGGCCUUCUGGCCCCCAAAAGCACACUGCCUCUUGGUCCCAAAUAAACGAGGAAAAUAUCCAGUUUGUGUAAUAGAGGGGCAGGUAAGUAAAAAAAGAAAAAGAAAUGCAAAGAAGGAAAGAGAUACAUGAAAAAAAUGUCAUACAUAGAUAAUCAGAUCUUUUCCAACCAACCAAAGUAAGAGUUCUUUUUAACUGCGCGGUUACAACUAACCAAAACUCAGGAAAUAACUCCUGGAAGCAAACAAACUUAGCAGUGAAAAACAAGCGCGUCCAGUAACACCCGAAAAACACGUGGCGGGGGUGGGGCAUCCGGUCGCAACCGCAGGUGAGACUCUAAGUCCCAUCAUUCCCUUCGGCAGCCAAGCCGGGCUGUUGAGGGCGAGCCGGCGCACCGCACGCUGGGACGUGUGGUUUCAGCUCGUGCGCCUCCCCGCGGGUUUGCGACGUUUAGCGACUAUUGCGCCUGCGCCAGCGCCGGCUGCGAAACUGGGGCCGUGGCUGCUGGUCCCGGGUGAUGCUAGGCGGCUCCCUGGGCUCCAGGCUGUUGCGGGGUGUAGGUGGGAGUCGCGGACGGUUCGGGGCGCGAGGUGUCCGUGAAGGUGGCGCAGCCAUGGCGGCAGGGGAGAGCAUGGCUCAGCGGAUGGUCUGGGUGGACCUGGAGAUGACAGGAUUGGACAUUGAGAAGGACCAGAUUAUUGAGAUGGCCUGUCUGAUAACUGACUCUGAUCUCAACAUUUUGGCUGAAGGUCCUAACCUGAUUAUAAAACAACCAGAUGAGUUGCUGGACAGCAUGUCAGAUUGGUGUAAGGAGCAUCACGGGAAGUCUGGCCUUACCAAGGCAGUGAAGGAGAGUACAAUUACAUUGCAGCAGGCAGAGUAUGAAUUUCUGUCCUUUGUACGACAGCAGACUCCUCCAGGGCUCUGUCCACUUGCAGGAAAUUCAGUUCAUGAAGAUAAGAAGUUUCUUGACAAAUACAUGCCCCAGUUCAUGAAACAUCUUCAUUAUAGAAUAAUUGAUGUGAGCACUGUUAAAGAACUGUGCAGACGCUGGUAUCCAGAAGAAUAUGAAUUUGCACCAAAGAAGGCUGCUUCUCAUAGGGCACUUGAUGACAUUAGUGAAAGCAUCAAAGAGCUUCAGUUUUACCGAAAUAAUAUCUUCAAGAAAAAAAUAGAUGAAAAGAAGAGGAAAAUUAUAGAAAAUGGGGAAAAUGAGAAGACCGUGAGUUGAUGCCAGUUAUCAUGCUGCCACUACAUAGUUAUCUGGAGGCAACUUCUGGUGGUUUUUUUUUUUCCUCACGCUGAUGGCUUGGCAGAGCACCUUCGGUUAACUUGCAUCUCCAGAUUGAUUACUCAAGCAGACAGCACACGAAAUACUAUUUUUCUCCUAAUAUGCUGUUUCCAUUAUGACACAGCAGCUCCUUUGUAAGUACCAGGUCGUGUCCAUCCCUUGGUACAUAUAUGCAUUUGCUUUUAAACCAUUUCUUUUGUUUAAAUAAAUAAAUAAGUAAAUAAAGCUAGUUCUAUUGAAAUGCAAA